AUCCCACAAGGCUGUUGGUGCAGGGUAGGAGCUGUGGCUGAAACACUUGUGGGGGAGAGCAGCAUUACUGAAUGUUGUCAAUACAAAUCAGUGGCACGAUGAGAGAGUAAAGGGAAGAGAGAGACCAAGCAGGGGCCGCAUAGAGGAAAAACAUAGAGGAGAAACGAGACGCUUCAGGAAGUGAGAGCAGCAAAGAGACUGCCCUCCCGUGCGUGGGGGAGGAGACACUAGAGACAGAGGGGGAGGGGACACUAGAGGGGGAGGGGAGCGUGUGUGCGGCUGUGAUCAGUAUAGAAGAGGAGAGAGAGCUGUGUGUGUGCGGCUCUAUAGUUCCACAAUAUACCCGACAAUUGAACUCGGGCUCACCCUUCAUGACUCGUAUGGGUGUCAGUAGGAGGAGGAGCAGUGUAUGUACCGGGAUCCCUGCACCUAUACGGCUCCCUCACUUCCUCUCCCCCCUUGUCUGAUCGUUAACCCGACCCGCCUCCCUCUCUCUCUCUCUUCUUCCGACACUCGGACCUUUAAUCCUGCCAGUGGGAAACAAUUGUCCUGUGGCUUUUGUUGCCUCCUAAUUGGGAUGUUUCCAGCCCCAUCCCAGGAUUAAGCAACGGCGAGGGCAUUGGAGGGAAACGAACUUGAUCCCAUUCGGUUUGGAACUUCUUUGUGAUUCUUUCCUCUCGCCUGGCCUGGGGGUUUUGUUCUUCUCUGUUCAUCUUUCAGCGGAUAAUCAUAGACUACAUUUCUGCCAUUGCUGCACCUUUCUGGAUUCUGAGCUGAGAAGAGGAAAGAAAAGAAGCCUGUUGGAUGUAUAAUAAACUCAAAGCAAGGGGAAGUGGAACAAUCCAGUGAAAUAUCCAGCAGACUCUAAUAAGGACACCUGCUUAGACUGCUGGCUGGGUGACGGAGUGUCAGGAAGAGGUUCUUGCUGGCAGGCAAUAAGUUGGAAAGAAAAACCCAGGAAUAACCUUGUCAUCGGAAUGUUGGCUUUGCAAGCUCAGGGAAGAAACAGCACGGAGGAAUCUACAACAGAGAGCUCCUGAAAAUGACAUCAAAGAGGAGCCUACUGAUGCGCUUGGUGCCAUGCCGAUGUCUGCGGGGAGAGGAAGAAACUGUCACCUCACUUGACUACUCUCACUGCAGCUUGGAACAGGUGCCGAAGGAGAUUUUCACUUUUGAAAAAACCUUAGAGGAACUUUAUUUGGAUGCCAACCAGAUUGAAGAGCUUCCCAAGCAACUGUUCAACUGCCAGUCUCUGCAUAAGCUGAGUUUGCCAGACAACGACCUAUCAAUAUUGCCAGCAUCUAUAGCAAAUCUCAUUAAUCUCAGGGAACUAGAUGUCAGCAAGAAUGGUAUACAGGAGUUUCCAGAAAACAUAAAAAACUGUAAAAUAUUGACAAUUGUCGAGGCAAGCGUCAACCCUAUUUCAAAACUUCCAGAUGGAUUUUCCCAGCUGUUGAACCUUACUCAGUUAUACCUAAAUGAUGCUUUCCUUGACUUCUUGCCAGCAAAUUUUGGCAGGUUAACAAAACUUCAGAUUCUGGAGCUUAGAGAAAACCAGCUAAAAAUGUUACCAAAAACCAUGAAUAGGCUUACUCAGCUCGAGAGGCUGGAUCUGGGAAGUAACGAAUUCACAGAAGUGCCUGAAGUACUUGAACAACUGAGUGGUCUGAAGGAAUUUUGGAUGGAUGGCAAUAAAUUGACAUAUAUUCCAGGGUUACUUGGCAGUCUGAAACAACUGACAUACCUGGACGUUUCAAAGAAUAAUAUAGAAAUGGUGGAGGAUGGAAUCUCUGGGUGUGAAAGUUUACAGGACCUCUUAUUGUCCAGUAAUGCAAUACAGCAGCUGCCAGAAUCUAUUGGAGCACUUAAGAAAUUAACUACACUGAAAAUGGAUGAAAACCAAUUAAUGUACUUACCAGACUCUGUUGGAGGUCUUACAGCCAUUGAAGAUCUGGAUUGCAGUUUCAAUGAAAUUGAAGCCUUACCUUCCUCAAUUGGACACUUGACCCAAAUCCGGACUUUUGCUGCUGACCACAACUUCUUAACGCAGCUCCCUGCUGAGAUCGGAAACUGGAAGAGUGCUACGGUUUUAUUCCUUCAUUCCAACAAGCUAGAAUGUCUGCCUGAGGAAAUGGGUGAUAUGCAAAAACUCAAGGUCAUUAAUCUAAGUGACAACAGAUUGAAGAAUUUGCCCUUUAGCUUCACAAGGCUUCAGCAGCUCACUGCUAUGUGGCUGUCAGAUAAUCAGUCUAAACCGCUCAUACCACUCCAGAAAGAAACCGAUCAAGACACCCAGAAAGUUGUUCUUACGAACUAUAUGUUCCCUCAGCAGCCAAGAACAGAGGAUGUUAUUUUCUCUUCGGACAAUGAAAGCUUUAACCUCUCUCUCUGGGAAGAGCAGCGAAAGCAGCGAGCUCAGGUCGCCUUUGAGUGUGAUGAAGUCAGAGAUGAUCGGGAAGUUCCAGCAAGAGAAGGGAACUUGAAAAGAUACCCAACACCAUACCCAGAUGAGCUUAAGAACAUGGUGAAGACUGUUCAGACCAUCGUCCAUCGGAAAAAAGACGAGGAAAAAGCAGAAGAAGCCAAUAAAGACUCAAAGCAAAAAGACGGUGAUCUAAUUACACUGCAGGAUGAUAGUGUAAAGACCUCGGAGGCAAUAUUGGUUGAAAUUGAUACAGAGGAUAAGGAGAAAAACAUACCAGUAAACCGUAUAAAGAAGCCUAAUGAACCCAGCACAGAACAUUCCAUUGGAAAUUCACAGUCGACUGCUCUGUUGAAUAAUUUUUGGAACGCAAGCACAGUCAAUCAUGAAGAAACACUGGAGGGAUCAGAAGACUUCUCUUACGAUGGUGAAAUGAAGAUGGCAGAAAUGAGGCCACCUCUAAUAGAGACUUCCAUGAAUCAUCCAAAAGUAGUAGCACUGAGCAAUAACAAAAAAGAUGAUAUCAAAGAUGCAGACUCUUUGUCUGACGAAGUGACCCGCAACAGUAAUCAGAACAACAGCAAUUGCUCCUCACCAUCUCGAAUGUCGGACUCUGUCUCGCUAAACACUGACAGCAGCCAUGAUACUUCAUUAUGUUCCCCGGAGAAAGAUUCCAACAUUGGGGCAAAUUUGAAAAUAAGACAAGAGGAUGAAAACUUUAAUAACCUUAUGCAAAACGGAGACAAGAUGAUCCCGGCUGAUAAAAUGGAAAUAGCUGAACGACCAGAUAUAAGCAGCGAUGCUGACUCCGUUCUGAGAGAGAGGCGCGUAAAUAACUCCAUGGAAAAGCUACUUAACCUUAACCAACUAAACAAAAACAACAACAAUCUAGCGUGUGAACAUUCUGACUCUGUAGAAAACGCGGUCAUUUCUCAAGACGGGGUCUCGGAUAAAUGUUUUGCCAAUUACAGUGAAAAAGAAGAGACGGACAACAGAGAAAAUGGGAAUAAAUUCUCUGAAGUCUGUGUGAUGAAUAGAGUAAAUGGCCAUUUGCCCGAAGAGCUAGUGUUUCCAGACAGCAGCGAUCCCGUUAGGAGAACUUCGGAGGAUUCAGUGCCUUCUGUCGAUAUGUGCAUUUCAAAGAGCACAGAUGACCUGUCAAUCGGGGACAGUUUAGGCUCAGUAGUGAAGUCUCGUAGCAUCACAAACAUUGAGACGGGACCAUUGAGAGUCUACGGCGUUCUUAGUGAUAGCAACGAGCAGCAAUUUGCUACAAGGAUGUCCUCUGCCAUUGCUGAAGGGCAGAAUAUUGUCAGAAGUAAGUCGGCAACCGUUCUGUGCGAUCAGCCCUUGCAAGUGUUUACUGGGUCGUCGUCUUCCUCUGAUUUAGCAUCGUCGUCCAUGAAGAAAAUGUUUAAAUUUGAUUCCAACCACAAUCCUGAAGGGCCCUAUGCAGUGGCAGGUCCCCAAGCAUCUCACAUUUCUGCUGUGCCUCAAUAUAAUGUACAGUAUAGCAGCAGUGCUGCAGCCAAAGAUAACCUGUGGGCACACAAACAAAGUGCCCCUGAACAUGGAAGUUUGCCUUCUUCUCGCUUCCAUCCACCGGACAGCCUAGAUAGCCCCAACUAUGUAAAUCACUCUGCUAACUUGAAUUUUUCCAAUCACAACAAUGUUCGAGCAAGUAACAUGUAUAACGUGCAUCAACGGAUGGGGCCUAGGCAUGUGGAAGCAUGGGCCUCAACGCCGAACGAGCGAAUUCUUCAAGUAGCGACCCGAAGUACGCUUCAAAGACAAGGCAGCGGUUCUUCUAAUGCAUCGGCAUCUCUUGGGGAGGCAGGUCCUGCAAGAAGGGUGAUUGUCCCAGAGGGGGAUUAUAUGAAUUACAGAGAGAUACAUUCAAUGAGCAGAGGGAAUCACAUGGUGCCUGGUCCUCAGAGACCAACGUCGGCCAGGACAUACAGUAUUGAUGGGCCCAAUGUGCCCAGGCCGCAAAGUGCACGGCCGUCCGUUACUGAUAUUCCUGAGAGAACGAUGUCUGUCUGUGAUUUUAAUUACUCUCGGACUAGCCCCACUAAAAAGCCAAAUGCCAGGGUGAACUCGGAGCACUCAUUAUUGGACCCCCAGGGAAGAAAUAAAGUCCCUCAUGACUGGAGGGAUCAGGUCAUGCGGCACAUUGAGGCGAAAAAGCUCGAAAAGAGCAUGCUGUCUAGGUCCUUUAAUUGCACUUUCAGUGCAACUGGCAGUUCUCUCUAUGGCAGUUGUAGAGAUCUGCAUGGCAGCCAAGGUAGUGUUGCCUUGAGCGUUGCUCCUGACAGAAGAGGUUCUGCUGGGCACAUACUACGUUAUCCUCAGCCCUUCAGCGUCGGGGAGUCUAUGCAAGAUGAUGUGUUUGUAACAGGACAGCAGAGUUAUCCCACCAUCGCUCGCAAGGAAAGUACAGCGGACAGUGUAAAAAAGAUGCACCUGAGUAAUGGACAGAUGUGCCAACCCUCAAGGCCACAAGCAAACUAUAGCCAAUUCCAUCAGCAGCCAGCCCAGCCAACAGUAGGGAGACACCCCUCCAGAGAACAGCUCCUCGACUAUUAUGCACUUAAAGUUGCCCAGCAGCCUCCAUAUUCUCAGACACCGUGUCCUUCAAAGCAAAUCAAUGAGCUUUCUUCUCAAGAGAUUCGUGUAAGACUUGUGAAAGAUCCUGAGCUUGGAUUUAGUAUAUCUGGUGGAGUUGGAGGCAGAGGAAAUCCUUUUCGACCUGGAGAUGAUGGUAUAUUUGUAACAAGAGUUCAGCCGGAAGGUCCAGCAUCCAAGCUCUUGCAGCCCGGGGAUAAAAUAUUACAGGCAAAUGGCUUCAGCUUCAUCAAUAUUGACCAUGCCCUGGCCGUCACAUUACUGAAGAAAUUCCAGAAUGCAGUGGAGCUGAUCGUUUCACGGGAGGGCUCUGUAUAGACAACGAAAUGAAACAAAUCGGUGGAACCCCAGAAAAAGCCAGCAUGUCUUCAACAAAUCAACUCGCAUAAAGAUAUUAUUUUUCUAUGUAUAUAAGACGAAACCAACUUGGAACACGGAACCAUGGAUUUUUGAUAUUGUAAAGAACGAAGUAGCAAACGUGUGGUUUAUGGGAACAAACCACUGUAGAUAAAACAAUGGACAAUGUCUCGGUUCCCAACAUGGUUGUUUGGGUGUUGAAUGUGCGAUCAUUUUUGCCUACAAGAACAAACCUGUGUUGUUUUCGUACAGAAUGUAGGUUUAUUUUUUGAUAAUUCAUAUGCUUAAUACUGAACUCAAAUAAUAAUGAGCCUCAGGUGUAGCACACGGCAGAACUGUCUUUCCUGACACUACUCACACUUUUAUCUACACCUGAUAUCACUGUUUUAAUCCCAAACCACUUGAGAAGUGGACGUGAAACAGCUUAAAGGGAUACUGUCAUAUUUUU